CUUGGCCCCAUUACGGAAUUGAGACCUUUUCGUGUGUAAUAAUUGAGAAUAAUGAAUUCAGACAUUCUCAGUUCCUGCUGUGUUGGGUAUAAAUACCUCUCAGCAGUCUUGUUUCUUUCAAGCAUCGAGUUUUUCGAGCUUCGGCUAACUGCUUAACGUCAAAAAAACACACUCUAAUAGGCUUUGCCAAGAACAGAAAUUAACGAGAAAAUCAAUGGAGCCUAUUGGAGUCAGCCUGGAGGGAGAGUGGAGCUCUCUUAGUGGAAUGUACAGAAGCGAGGAGGCUGUUUUCUUGGCGCAAUUGCUUGGUAACAAUGAUUCAAGUUCUUGCUUUGGAGUUCCAUCUUCUUUCUGGUCUAGCCAUGAUUCAGAAAUGAACAUGGCAGCAGUGAAUGAAGAUUCAGUUGAUACUAAUUUCUACAAUUUUUCACAAGGGAGUAGUUGUUAUAGUGGUGGAAGCAAUUUUCUUUUUGCCACCUCGAGUCAGGAAAGCUAUUUUUUGAAUGAUUCUCAUGCAGUUUUGGUUAGCAAUAACAGCUCCAUGUCUAUGGAUUUUUGUGUUGGAGAUGUGAUAAAUACUGUCUCGUAUCUUGUCGAAGGCGAUGACUGCUUGAACCAGGAAAUAAGCAAUGGCAAUGUGGAAGAAUAUGGUGGAAACCAGCAGCCUGAAGCUGCUGAUUUUCCUGAUAAACAAGAGAUGCUAGUGCCUGAACAACUGACAGAAGAUAAAAGCGGCAAGCCACCUGAGAUCUCUAAGAAAAGAUCAAGGAAUGCAGGAGAUGCUCAAAAGAACAAGAGAAAUGCAAGGUCUAAGAAGAGCCAGAAGCUCGCCUCCGGCAACAACAAUGCUGAAGAGUGUAAUGCAGGCGUUAAUGUGCCAGCCACGAGCAGCUGCUGCUCAGAGGAUGACUCAAAUGGAUCCCAUGAACUCAAUGGAGGAGCUAAUUCAAGUUUGAGCUUGAAAGGGACUCCAGCUCUCAACUUGAAUGGCAGAACAAGAGCCAGCCGAGGGGCAGCCACCGAUCCCCAGAGCCUCUAUGCAAGGGUAAAUUUUAUCUCUUAUGUGUUUUGUGUUAUACAGAAAAGAAGAGAGAGAAUAAAUGAGAGGCUCAAGAUUCUGCAGAACCUCGUACCUAAUGGAACAAAGGUUGAUAUUAGUACAAUGCUUGAAGAAGCAGUCAACUAUGUCAAGUUUUUGCAGCUUCAGAUUAAGCUGCUAAGUUCUGAUGACCUUUGGAUGUAUGCGCCCAUUGCUUACAAUGGAAUGGACAUAGGACUUGAUCUGAAGCUGAGUACAGCAAGAUGAUGAUUAGAAUUACAGUGGUGCCUUUCUCUUCUGUACUAACAUACAUCAACAUCAAGUUAACAUAUAUUUUUACUAAAAUAAAGUUAAUUACAUUUUGGAAUGGCUUAUUAUGUAAAAGUUUAUGGAUUCCUCUUAGAAAGGGGAGAAAUCAAGAA